CCUUCCUCCCUACCAUUUUACCGUCUUCUGCUGCUCACUUCCAACUCUACACACGGAGCUCUCUUCCUCUCCGUCUGCUAUCUCUCUCUCUCUCUCUCUCUCUCCCCUCUGCUAUCCUCCUUCGGCUGAGUGCUCUCUCUCUCUCCGACCUUCAACAGUCUGCGCAGCCCUCCGUCUUCCUCACUUUCCAUCCCUUCAAAUCUCCAUUACCUGCUGAUCUGUUCGCCGGCUGCUUCAGUUCUCGCCUUCUCUGCUGCUGCUUCCGCCUGGCAAUCCGCGGAUUGAUUCAGCUCUGACGAUUGCGGUUGCUGCUUCUCUUCUGUCAAAUCGGAUUCGGAAAAAUCAUGCUUUGCUCAGGGGAUGCAGGAAUCGUCUGUUGCUUGUAAAAAAUUUUCUAUAGGUUGAGUUUUUCGUAUUCAGGAGAUUUCGGAACUAAUGGGUAGAGUGAGAGGGAAAGGGAAGAAACAGACUGUUGCUGCUCGUGAGGAUCCUGGAAGCGGUGAAGAAGAGAAAAUUCCUGUAUACAGGAAAAGAGGGAGGCCGCAAAAGAUUGUGAAGGAUUAUACUGAAGAGGAUAGUGCUGACAAGGUGGAAGAAAAUGGUGAAGGGUUGAAAGACUCCAUCUCUGCCAAGGAUAUGAAAAAUGAGGGGGUGACUGAAAAUGGGAGGAAGAGGGUUAGGUCUGCUCAGGCCAAAGAAAACAUCGACUCUGUGAAAGAGGAAAAUGGGAUUGGAGCUAAGACAGGUGCCAAUGACAUCGUGAAACCUGUUGGAUUCCGUCAAAAUGGGAACAGGCGGAAGAACAAGCCUCGACGUGCGGCUGAAGUUGGAGUUGAAUGCAAGUGAAAUCACGGUUACCUGUUGCCCUAGUUCUCCUACCACCUUCUCGGAUUCAAAGGGCAGUUGAUAGCUGGCAUAUUAUCUUCUUUCAGUAAUUUUGUUUUGGCAAGCAUUUUGUUCAAUUUCUAAUUUCUUUAUUCCAUUUCUUGCAAAUGGAUAGUUUUGACUUGAGGUUAUGGAAUGGAAAAUUUCUGCAUUUUUGCUUAUA